UCCGGUGUCGCCAGCUCUCCAGGCUCAUACAGGGAGAGAGAGGUAGAGUCAUAGAUAGAGGUAAACCACAGACACAGGACAUAGUAGUUGUGUCGUAGCGGCGCCGACAUCGGCAAGUAUGAGAGGGGAUAAGUUUACAGGCUGAACCAGGCUGGUUGGCAGCCGUUGUCGCAUUCUUGGAGAGACAACGCGAACCGUUGAGACCGUCGGGAAAUCGCGGGACAGUCUGUGUGGCUGAAGAAAAUAACAGUUUUUUACACACUCGGUUUUUUGGAUACAGCAGCGGCGGCGGCAGCAGCAAGAACAGGGCGAGUGUGUGAGUGCUUUGGCGGCGGUCCCGCUGCUAGCGAAACAUGAACAAAAACCAACGAGUGCCGAGCAACCGUUCUCUGAGUGCCGUGGAGGUGAAGAGCAAGUUUGGUGCAGAGUUUCGUCGGUUCUCUCUGGAUCGGUCAAAGCCGGGCCGAUUUGAUGAGUUCUAUGGCCUCCUGCAGCAUGUGCAUCGCAUCCCCAAUGUGGAGUUGCUGGUGGGCUAUGCUGAUGUGCACGGUGACCUGCUGCCCAUCAACAAUGAUGACAACUACCACAAGGCCAUAUCCACUGCCAGCCCUCUACUCAGGCUGUUCCUGCAGAGGAAAGAGGAAGCUGAUUACACCGCAUUUGGUACGGACUCGCUGACCAGGAAGAAAAACACGGUGCUUUCUGCAGUUCUUCUGCGGCCUGACACCAACAGGAAAAAACCACCAGUCAUCAUUAGCCUCCCUAAGGACUUUCGCCCGGUCUCCUCCAUCAUCGAUGUGGACAUCCUCCCUGAGACGCACCGACGUGUUCGCCUCUACAAACAUGGCCAGGAGAAACCACUGGGCUUCUACAUCCGCGAUGGCUCCAGUGUACGGGUCACCCCACAAGGCCUGGAGAAGGUUCCGGGGAUAUUCAUCUCUCGCAUGGUGCCUGGUGGGCUGGCGGAGAGCACCGGCCUGCUAGCAGUCAACGACGAGGUGCUGGAGGUGAACGGUAUUGAGGUGGCUGGGAAGUCUCUGGAUCAGGUGACGGACAUGAUGAUCGCCAACAGCCACAACCUCAUCAUCACCGUAAAGCCUGCCAACCAGCGGAACAAUAUUGUUCGUAGUGGAGGAGGAGGAGGAGGAGGUGCUGCGUCUGGUAGCUCAGGACGCUCGUCGGACAGCGGUGCCAGCUACUAUGGGGUUGGUGCUGCGGCUUCCAUGCCCUCGCACAUCAUCCAGAACUUCCCUGUUGGGGAGCUGGAGAGCGAUGAGGACGACGAGGACCUGGUGAUCGAGGCAGGAGGCGAGGCCGAGCCAAUCACACGCGCACCCUCCAACUAUAGCAUGCCCUCGCUGCCUCGGUAUGAGCCGCACCUCAACCUUCGCACUGCCUCCACGUCCGCCUCCGCCUAUUCCAUCAACGCUAAUGGGACCCUACCAGCCAGCGGCAGCAGUGGGUCACUAAGCUAUGCCAAUGCCACUUCAACCACGCCAUCGCCAGACAGAGCAAUGGAGAAGCGGAGUCUGGAGGAGGAUGGCACCGUUAUAACUCUGUAGACUAGGCAUUCACACAAUUAACACUGGAAACCAGAGAGAAGAAAACACCUGGGAGUCAUGGAUGGGCAAAUCAAACGCAGGAACAUCCUGUUUUAUCCUACAGUGACUACCUGAGAAGCACAAUGAUGUGUGUACAAACUCAAUAUUAACAUGAUGAUGACACCUAAAUGUUUGUACAUCCUAAGAUUUACACAUCAAACACUGCACCCCAUAUCUUGCUUCUCUACAUGCCAAUUACCAAGCAUGUGUGCCAUAGUGGUGACCCCACCCUCACAGUUAUGCAGGCACAACAUUGUCAGAGAAGGAAGUGAAGACAAUGUGUAGUUUGGUUUGGUUUUGUUUGUCUCCUACCCUCCACUUUCUUUCUAAACCACUAGGAAGCACUUGUUUUAACCCAUAUACUGUUGUUACACUUAGUGUCCACUAGAGGGCAGAGAUGUGACAUCAAAUCCACCCACAUUUCUUCUCAGUAGUCCCAAAGUCCUGUGAACACGUCAGCUCCACACCCAAUAGCAAACACUGAAGCAGGAUCUUGGCUCGAGCAUUUGUUGACAAUCUGUGCUGGUUUUUUGCCUUGUCACCCACAGGCCCCCACCCCUGCAUCACGACUACCUGCCUUCCAUGCUCUCCUCCCCCCAGGUGACCACAGCAUGCAAUUGGUAAAUAGUUGCGGUACUUUCCACAAAAUUCAGUACCACAACAAUAGACCAAAUGCUGAGAUCUGCAAUAAAACUGUAGUUUUUAUUUGAGGACAAACCACCUAAAAAACAAGUCUGGGCUCUUUGUGUUGGCUCAGAUGCUUUUAACCACUGUUUUUAGCCGUGUUUUCUCUUUACCUGCUGUGUUAAUGACUGACUGAAAGGCUGAUGAUUUGAAUCAUUCUUGGGAGAAACAUGUAUUCUGAAAAUCUCUUUACCAUUAGUCCUGUGUUUUAUAUCAUUUGAAUGUUUUGUCUCGGUUUCUUUUCUUUUAUAUAUAGUACAUGUAUCUCACAGGUGACUGCAUGACCAUACUCCAUCUGACUGACUGGAAGUGGCGAGUCACUCCAUAAAAUUGGUCCUACCUGGGAAUGGGACAACUUAGAAUUAAUUUUCUUCAUAUUGCACUCCCGCUCCUUUCCAUGACAAGGGCUAUUUCCCCUGCUGCAUGUGUACAAAUGAGAAAAUGUGAAUGUGAUUUAUUUUUUUUUGUUUGUUUGUUUUCUCCCUCUUCAUUCUCUCUGGACCACGACUCAAUAUAUCUAAUCUCAGUGCUGUACAGUAUAAUCAUCUCUGUUGUUUUCUAGCCAGGCCCUGGGUUCACUUGGAUGUGUCCUGAGACAUUCACAUAUGAAAAGUGUUCUCUCCAGUAUUUCUGCAUAUCCUUUUUGUAUCAGUGUAAUUGAAUUAAUGACACACUAUGAGGAAAAUAUAACACAGCAGCUGUAUUCAGCAGAUAUUCUAAAUAUUGACUUUGUUCCUAAAUGGCUGGACUGUAACACUGUUAGCAAAUACAACCACAGAAAUGAGUUGAAAUGAGUUGUACAUACAGUGACAAUAGAGAAUCUGUCUGUAUCUCAAAAAUAAACCCUGCUCAGAGUGAGUCAUAUUUAAACAAACACAUGCAGGUACACUGGGCACAAACUGAUUCACUUUCUGUAUUUGUUAAGGGUGAGUUAAAGCACAUAUUGGUUCUAAUCUGCAUUUGGCAUUUCCAUUGGAUCUGUUGCUUUCAUGAACAUCUUCUCAGCAAAAACUUGACUGACAGAUUAAGUUUAAAAAUUCACUGCUGUUUUUGUUUUAAAACAAAUCCCCUUAAGACAAAUGUGUUGUUUUGGGCUGUAUAAACACAAUUGACUCAAAUCUGAAUUCACCAACACAUUUUUAUAGUGCAACUUCAACUUUAAAUUUUAUUUGUGGGUUUUUUUUGGCAUUUAACUCCAAUUAAUGUGCUGAUGAAAUCACUAAGAAAUUUGUGUUCCUGAUCACAUCCUAUGAAACGUUCCCAACAAAAACAACUAAUCGUGGCUCAGUUUUAAUUCCUGUUUGUGAAGCAGAUCCAUAGCACUUAUUGGAAGUAAAUAUCCAUUACCGUUACAUACUGCAGUUAACUGGCUCCCUGCAGUGAGAGCAGAUGUUCGAUUAUUUCUCUUAUUGAUUUUCAGCAUUUGCUUUCCUGUUAAAAGUAUCAUUCUUUUUUCUCACUCAGACGUAAUUGACACACAGAAACAAAGUCACUUUCAGUUAUGUUUGUUGGUUUCAUCUGAGCCAAUGUGCACUCCUAAUGAAACACAGUACACUCACCAUCACACCAAUGUUUAUCAUUUGUAGUUCUGUUUAUUGUUUGAGUAUCUGAUGAUCAGACAGUAUCCAUGACUGGAAACCAACACACAGGUAGUGUAUGUGCAUUCACUGUUGUAUUAUUUAUAUAUAUAUAUAUAUAUAUAUAUAUAUAUAUAUAUAUAUAUAUAUAUAUACAAGGUACUGUUUUUUUGGCCUUUUAUAGUGUAGCAGGUGAUGGUUGGAUUCUGUCUUCUUUCAUUCCCAACUUUAAACACGGUGAUGAAUGGUACUCUGAAUGGAAGAUUUUUAGAAAUCAAUGUUAAUUUAUUUUCUGUAUCUCUAACUUUAUCACAGGACACUGGGAUUGUAACCAUGGUGACAUUUUUAUUUAUUCUCUAAUCAUAUGUCGGCAUAUUGUCUUUCUUUGUACACAUUUUAUGACUUUAUUUUUUAUAACUGACAUGUUUUUGUUUAUUCAUGAUUGUUGUUUUGGUCAUAAAUUUUAAUGGUACAGUAGACGUUAUUGCCCAUUAGAUGAUUUCAGUAGCUAGUAGAUUUCACUGUUCUGGCUAAAGCAACAGGGGAAUCUGUGCAAGACAUGACACUAUUGUUUUUUUUUUGUUUUUUUCCAUACUGUGAAUUAUUAUUAUUUUGUGGGAGAAAAACAGUUGUAUCAGCACAACCUCAAAACAGGCUACAUGUUUUGCUUUGAGUCUGACUUUUUUUUUUAUUUUUUUAAGUGAUUGAGCAAUGAUUUUUGCUUGCCAGAUAAAUCCUAUGGUAUAGAUUUGUAAUGAAGAUUGUCAGUAUUUUCAUAUCAAUACUAUAUAUGAUGUAAAUUUUUAUCACAUUUAAUGAAAAUGUUUUAAGAUUCAGUUGGAGAUGUAUGAAUACAGAGAUGUACACCUGUAAUUACUGAUUGAAGGAGAUGGAUAAAAUAAACUAAUAUGUAGCAAUCUUCA